GUCAGGCAGCGGAAGCCGCCGGGAGCGGAUGGCGGCGGCGGUAGCGGCCCCACUCGCGGCCGGGGGUGAGGAGGCGGCGGCCACGACCGCCGUUCCAGGGUCUCAGGGACUGCCCGGAAGCCGCAGUGCAGAGCGGGCCCUAGAGGAGGCCGUGGCCACUGGGACCCUGAAUCUGUCUAACCGGCGCUUGAAGCAGUUUCCCCGGGGUGCGGCCCGCAGCUACGACCUGUCAGACAUCACCCAGGCUGACCUGUCUCGGAACCGGUUCCCCGAGGUGCCCGAGGCAGCAUGCCAGCUGGUAUCCCUGGAGGGCCUGAGCCUCUACCACAACUGCCUGAGAUGCCUGAACCCAGCCUUGGGGAAUCUCACAGCCCUCACCUACCUCAACCUCAGCCGAAACCAGCUGUCACUGCUGCCACCCUACAUCUGCCAGCUGCCCCUGCGAGUGCUCAUUGUCAGCAACAACAAGCUGGGAGCUCUGCCUCCUGACAUCGGGGCCUUGGGAAGCCUGCGGCAGCUUGAUGUGAGCAGCAAUGAGUUGCAGUCUCUCCCACCAGAGCUGUGUAGCCUGCCUUCCCUGCGGGAUCUCAAUGUUCGGAGGAACCAGCUCAGUAUUCUGCCUGAUGAGCUGGGGGACCUUCCUCUUGUCCGCCUGGAUUUCUCCUGUAACCGUGUCUCCCGCAUCCCGGUCUCCUUCUGCCGCCUCAGGCACCUGCAGGUCAUUCUGCUGGACAGCAACCCUCUGCAAAGCCCCCCUGCCCAGAUCUGCCUGAAAGGGAAACUUCACAUCUUCAAGUACUUGUCUACAGAAGCUGGGCGGCGCCGGGGGUCUGCACUGGGGGACCUGGCCCCAUCUCGCCCCCCAAGUUUUAGUCCCUGCCCAGCUGAGGAUUUAUUUCCGGGACGUCGGUACGAUGGUGGGCUGGACUCAGGCUUCCACAGUGUUGACAGUGGCAGCAAGAGGUGGUCUGGAAAUGAGUCAACAGAUGAAUUUUCAGAGUUGUCAUUCCGGAUCUCAGAGCUGGCCCGGGAGCCUCGGGGGCCCAGGGAACGGAGGGAGGAUAGCCUUGCUGACGGAGACCCUGAGCAGAUUGACUUCAUUGACAGCCACGUGCCUGGGGAGGACGAAGAUCGGGGUGCUGCAGAGGAGCAGCGGCCACCAGAAUUAAGCCCUGUGGCAGGGGAUGGGGAGAGGGCACCAAGCAGCAGGCGGGAGGAGCCGGCAGGGGAGGAACGGCGGCGCCCAGACACCUUGCAGUUGUGGCAGGAGCGUGAGCGGCGCCAGCAGCAGCAGCAGCAGCAGAGUGGAGUGUGGGGGACCCCCAGGAAGGACAAUUUUCCGAAGCUGGGCAUCAAGGCUGCUGGGGGAGGCGCUGCUGCCCCAUCUACUCAGCCCACUUCCAACAGCACGUCUAAGUCCACUGCUACCCAAGUAGGGGCUCUAGGGGGACAGGGAACUCCUGCCCCUGCCCCUGUCCCUGCCCCUGCCCCCAUCUCCCAGGAGGCUCUUCCUAGAGCUGGACCAGCCACAGCGCCUGCACACCGGCCGCUCGGCUCCAUUCAGAGACCAAACAGCUUCCUCUUCCGCUCCUCCUCUCAGGGCAGCUCAGGCCCUUCCUCACCAGACUCUGUCUUGAGACCUCGGCGUUCCCCCCAGGUUCUGGACGAGAAGGAAUUAAUUGCUCAACUGCGCCAGGUUCUUGAGUCCCGGCUACAGCAGCCCCUGCCUGAGGACCUGGCGGAAGCUCUGGCCAACGGGGUCAUCCUAUGUCACCUGGCCAACCGGCUCCGGCCCCGCUCCGUGCCCUUCAUUCAUGUGCCCUCACCUGCUGUGCCAAAACUUAGUGCCCUCAAGUCUCGGAAGAAUGUGGAGAGUUUCUUAGAAGCCUGUCGAAAAAUGGGGGUGCCUGAGGAGUCCCUGUGCCAGCCCCACCACAUCCUGGAAGAGGAGGGGGCCCCGGGAAGGGGUCUCCCCUACAUCGCUGCUGUCGUCCAUGCACUGCUGGAACGGUCUUAGGGGGUGAGGUAGGGGCACAGGGCCCCAAAGUGCCGGGCCCCAGGAACCGAAAAGAUGGACAGCGGUCUGGGCGCUGCUGCUACCAACAAGGACUCUGGUGCGAGGCCCUGGCCCUGUUCUUGAGCACCCCUCCGGCCUGAGGGGUUGGAAGCAUGGCCCUUUGAGGAAGACGGGGCCUUGCACCUCUGGGUGUAGCCAGGGUCUGGGAUGGAAGACGGGGCGCUGGAUGUUAUGUCUGUGUCAAGCGCAAUAAAAGAAGCCGGAAGACCUCUUGGUUGAGC